AUGCCUCCUACCUUCUUCGUCUCACUUGUCGCUAGCGCCCAGGCUCCAGCUAUAAACAUAAAUAGCCCCUCGUCGCUCCCCGAAUUCUUUCCUCCUACACCUACCUCGUACCUGCCAGUUCUUGCAGCAGACACCGUCAUGUCACCCAGCGACAACGACGGCGGUCUGAAUAACUGCCUACACUCGUUCUUUCCUCCUCCCUCCCACCUCCUCGUCCUCCUCGCUCCUUCCUCACUCUACCACUUCCUUCUAGACUUGGUAUUACUCUCCUGCUCGUGUCAAGGCCCCGCGGGCAAGCCCA